AGUGCUGGGAUUAGGUGUGUGCCACCAUGACCCCUUGCAAAUCCCCACCCCCCCCCAAAAAAGACUUAAGUUCCUUAAGUCUGUAAAAUAAGACCACCCAUCUCAGUUGCUGAACUGAAAUACUUAGCCUGGCCAUCUCAUUUACCGACCAAAUCUUUGUCUUAUCUCACUCACUGGCUGUGGUCAUCUGAGUAGAGGCGGAUAUGAGAGUGACUGAUUUCUACAAAGUGUAGUUCGUGCUUGCAGCAGUUGCUGUUACUUCAUAUUCAGGAAGAGUGGUUUGGCUUCUCAGUAUCUCCACUGAGCCACUGAGGUCCGUGGGCUCACUCCAGAGAAGUGGGGUCCAGGAAUGACCUUGGCUAGGACCUGAUGACCAAUGGAAGGGUACCAGGAAGAGGAGGCUGGCCCAACAUCAUCGCUUUAGGAUCAUGACUCUAGGCAAACUGUUUACCAAUGCAGAGAGGUGGCCUAUUUAUAGUCUCAGCUGCUUCUACAGCCUACCAGGACGGGGGCAGGGUGGCUCUCCAGAGCAAGGGUGCUAGCUGGAACAAGGAACAACUCUCUGCCUAGGUGGCACUGCCCAGACCACUGACCCCCGCCAUGGCAGGGGAGACCUUCCCUUUCACAUCCUCCACAAGGCGUGCUCUCCGCCUACAGAGAGAGUGGCUGGAAUGGCAGGACAGGAGGCGGGCUGCUGCUCAUCGGUGUCGAAGUCAGAGGGACCUCUCUAGUCCCCAGGCUCGGCUCACGAGGACCCACCGCUCCUGCCGAGACCCAGCUGUCCACAAUGCCCUGUUCUCUGGGGACCUACAGCAGGUUCAAAUCCUGUUCCAAGAUGAAGAGGCUGCCAACAUGAUUGUGGAGACUGUGAGCAACCAGCUGGCCUGGUCAGCAGAACAGGGAUUCUGGGUGCUGACUCCAAAGACCAAGCACACAGCACCUCUUACCAUCGCUGUGGCCAGAGGCUACAUAGACUGCGCCCGGCACCUUAUCCUUCAGGGGGCUGAUCUCGAUGCCCGGAUUGGAGGUCAUGCUGCCUUGCACGAGGCCUGUGCCCAAGCCCAACCUGACUGUGUUCGGCUGCUGCUUACAUUUGGUGCCAAGGCUAAUGUGCUGUCUGAGGACGGUAUGACCCCCUUGCACCUCUGCACAGCUCCUGAAUCCUUGCAGUGCGCCAAGUUGCUGCUAGAGGCUGGAGCAUCUGUGAACAUGGCUUCACAGGAAAGCGAAGUCACACCCCUGCAUGUGGCUGCAGCCCGUGGCCUGGAGCAACACGUGGCGCUCUACCUGGAGAAUGGUGCAGAUGUGGGCCUGCGCACCAGCCAGGGCGAGACUGCACUGAAUGCCGCGUGCGCUGGAGCAGAGGGGCCAGGCAGCUGCCGACAACACGAGGCAGCAGCACGACAGCUCUUGAAAGCUGGGGCUGAUCCCCGGGCUGCAGGUCGCAAGCGCCACACACCACUACACAACGCCUGUGCUAACGGCUGCGGAGGCCUGGCUGAGCUGCUGCUGUGCCACGGGGCCAGCGCUCGAGUCACCAAUGGGGCAGGCCACACACCCAUGGACUGCGCUUUGCAAGCGGUACAAGAUGCCCCCGACUGGGAGCCCGAGGUCCUCUUUGCAGCCCUGCUGGACUACGGGGCCCAGCCUAUUCACCCUGAGAUGCUGAAACACUGUGCCAACUUUCCUCGGGCCCUGGAAGUCCUGCUUAAUGCCUACCCAUGUGUUCCUGCCUGUGACACCUGGGUGGAGGCUGUGCUUCCAGAACUGUGGCAGGAACAUGAAGCCUUCUACAGCUCAGCCCUAAGCAUGGAAAACCAGCCAAGACGGCUGCAGCACCUGGCCCGCCUGGCUGUUCGUGCUCAGUUGGGUAGCAACUGUCGGCAGGCUGCCGCCCAACUCCCACUGCCCCCGCUGCUCAGAGACUACUUGCUGCUGCGUGUGGAGGGACAAAUCCAGUGAGCUCUGGGCAGGUCACUUCUACUUCCAUCUGCUCCUCCACCCAGCUCUGGAAAACCAACCACUGCCCCUUUCCUUUGCACUUUGCAUGGCCUCCAGGAUCAGCUUGUCCCUCCACUGACAUCUUAAGCCGCCUGCUGAUCUUCAGGCCUUCUUAGCCUGUCCCCAAAGAAACCUUUCACCCACUCACCACUCCCAUGUUUAAGUAGAUAGAUGGCCUCUUUAUCUACCCAAGCUACAAGCAAAUGA